UGUUGUCACAAGUGGACAGACAUAGCCGGUGCCCCCCAAACUGACAACUUUUUGGUGGUGGCUUUUCCCGGUUCCUUCGGGUGAUUUAACUCUUUACAAGCCCCCUGGCUCCCACUUGCAAGCCUGGCUCCUGGCCAGCAGGCUGGGCAGAGGGAGCGGGGAGAUUCUUGCUCUCAGAAGCAGUGGGACUCGGGAGACGGAAGGAGCAUCCCAGGAAAGGGGUCCUGAGUGGGGAAUCCCAGCACCUGCGACUGCUGCCCAUCCGUCCGCCUGCUGUGGCCCUGACAGCGCCAGGCAUUGCGGCUUUGACUUAACCGGGAAGGAUCUGGUCUGGAGGCAGAUCACCAUGAGGACCUAGGGCAUCUGCCUGCGGACCGUCCCCCCAGCUGGCAGUGACCAUGGCCCCCCGCAAGAGGAGCCGCCAUGGCCUGGGCUUCCUGUGCUGCUUUGGGGGCAGCGACCUCCCUGAGAUCAACCUCCGGGACAGCCACCCCCUGCAGUACAUGGAGUUCUCCAGUCCUAUCCCCAACCCAGAGGAGCUGAACGUCCGCUUUGCAGAGCUGGUGGAUGAAUUGGAUCUCACCGACAAAAACCGGGAGGCUGUGUUUGCACUGCCGCCUGAGAAGAAAUGGCAGAUCUACUGCAGCAAGAAGAAGGAGCAGGAGGAUCCCAACAAGCUGGCGACCAGCUGGCCUGACUAUUACAUCGACCGCAUCAACUCCAUGGCCGCGAUGCAGAGUCUGUACGCGUUUGAUGAGGAGGAGACAGAGAUGAGGAACCAAGUCGUGGAAGACCUGAAGACGGCCCUCCGGACACAGCCCAUGAGGUUUGUGACCCGCUUCAUCGAGCUGGAGGGCUUGACCUGUCUGCUGAACUUUCUCCGGAGCAUGGACCACGCCACCUGUGAAAGCCGCAUCCACACCUCCCUCAUCGGCUGCAUCAAAGCUCUGAUGAACAACUCCCAGGGGCGGGCGCACGUGCUGGCCCAGCCGGAGGCCAUCAGCACCAUCGCACAGAGCCUGCGCACGGAGAACAGCAAGACCAAGGUGGCCGUGCUGGAGAUCCUGGGCGCCGUGUGCCUGGUGCCUGGCGGCCACAAGAAGGUGCUACAGGCCAUGCUACACUACCAGGUGUACGCAGCCGAGCGGACGCGCUUCCAGACACUGCUGAAUGAGCUGGACCGAAGUCUGGGCCGGUACCGAGAUGAAGUGAAUCUGAAAACAGCCAUCAUGUCCUUUAUCAACGCUGUCCUCAAUGCUGGCGCUGGAGAGGAUAAUCUGGAGUUCCGUCUACAUCUACGGUACGAGUUCCUGAUGCUGGGGAUACAGCCUGUGAUUGACAAACUCCGGCAGCACGAGAAUGCCAUCCUGGACAAGCAUUUGGACUUCUUCGAGAUGGUCCGGAACGAGGAUGACCUGGAGCUGGCCAGGAGGUUUGACAUGGUCCACAUCGACACCAAGAGCGCUUCCCAGAUGUUUGAGCUGAUCCACAGGAAGCUGAAGCACACAGAGGCCUACCCCUGCCUGCUGUCUGUCCUGCACCACUGCCUGCAGAUGCCCUACAAGCGGAACUUCCAGCAGUGGCAGCUCCUGGACCGAAUCCUCCAGCAGAUUGUCCUCCAGGAUGAGAGGGGUAUGGAUCCUGACCUGGCUCCCUUGGAGAACUUCAACGUCAAGAAUAUCGUCAACAUGCUCAUCAACGAGAACGAAGUGAAACAGUGGCGAGACCAAGCGGAGAAGUUCCGGAAAGAACACGCGGAGCUGGUGAGCAGGCUGGAGAGGAAGGAGCGGGAAUGCGAGACCAAGACGUUGGAGAGGGAAGAGAUGAUGCGGACACUGAACAAGAUGAAGGACAAGCUGGCCCGAGAGUCCCAGGAGCUGCGCCAGGCUCGGGGACAAGUGGCAGAGCUGGUGGCCCAACUCAGUGAAAUCUCAACAGGACCUGUAUCUUCCCCACCUCCCCCUGGGGGCCCACUUACCUUGUCUUCCUCGAUGACAACCAGUGACCUGCCUCCACCCCCGCCCCCUCUACCGUUCGCCUGCUGUCCCCCACCGCCACCACCCCCCCUGCCCCCCGGUGGGCCUCCCACUCCCCCCGGUGCCCCGCCUUGCUUCAGCAUGGGCCUGCCCCUCCCCCCAGACCCCUUCCCCAGCAGUGAUGUCCCGCUCAGGAAGAAGUGUGUCCCCCAGCCUUCACACCCACUGAAGUCCUUCAACUGGGUCAAGCUGAAUGAGGAACGUGUCCCUGGCACCAUAUGGAAUGAGAUUGAUGACAUGCAGGUGUUUCGGAUUCUGGACCUCGCGGACUUUGAAAAAAUGUUUUCAGCUUAUCAGAGGCAUCAGAAAGAGUUGGGCUCCACGGAGGACAUCUACCUGGCCUCGCGCAAGGUCAAAGAGCUGUCAGUCAUUGACGGCCGGAGGGCGCAGAACUGCAUCAUCCUUCUCUCCAAGUUGAAGCUGUCUAACGAGGAGAUCCGGCAGGCCAUCUUGAAGAUGGACGAGCAGGAAGACCUUGCUAAGGACAUGCUGGAGCAGCUCCUCAAGUUCAUCCCGGAGAAGAGUGACAUUGACCUCCUGGAGGAGCACAAGCAUGAGAUAGAGCGGAUGGCCCGUGCGGACCGCUUCCUCUAUGAGAUGAGCAGGAUCGACCAUUACCAGCAGCGGCUGCAGGCCCUCUUCUUCAAAAAGAAGUUCCAGGAGCGGCUGGCUGAGGCCAAGCCCAAAGUGGAAGCCAUCCUGCUGGCCUCCCGGGAGCUGAUCCGCAGCAAGCGUCUAGCGCAGAUGCUAGAGGUCGUCCUGGCCAUCGGCAACUUCAUGAACAAAGGGCAGCGUGGGAGCGCCUACGGGUUCCGGGUGGCCAGCCUCAACAAGAUUGCGGACACCAAGUCCAGCAUCGACAGAAAUAUCUCUCUGCUACAUUAUCUGAUCAUGAUCCUGGAGAAGCAUUUCCCUGACAUCCUGAACAUGCCCUCCGAGCUGCAGCAUCUUCCAGAAGCCGCCAAAGUCAACUUGGCAGAGCUGGAGAAGGAGGUGGGCAACCUCAGGAGGGGCCUCAGAGCAGUCGAGGUGGAGCUGGAAUAUCAGAAACGCCAGGUGUGGGAUCCGAAUGACAAGUUUGUCCCGGUCAUGAGCGACUUCAUCACGGUCUCCAGCUUCAGCUUCUCAGAGCUGGAGGACCAGCUCAAUGAAGCCAGGGUCAAGUUCUCCAAGGCCCUGAUGCACUUUGGGGAGCAGGACAGCAAGAUGCAGCCGGAUGAAUUCUUCGGCAUCUUUGACACCUUUCUGCAGGCCUUCUCGGAGGCCCGGCAGGACCUGGAGGCCAUGCGGAGGAGGAAGGAGGAGGAGGAGCGGCGGGCGCGCAUGGAGGCCAUGCUGAAGGAGCAGCGCGAGCGGGAGCGGUGGCAGCGCCAGCGGAAGGUGCACGCGGGCAGCGCGCUGGAGGAGGGCGGCGAGUUUGAUGACCUGGUGUCAGCCCUGCGCUCGGGCGAAGUUUUCGACAAGGACUUGUGCAAACUCAAACGCAGCCGCAAGCGAUCAGGGAGCCAGGCCCUGGAAGCCACCCGGGAGCGGGCCAUAAACAGGCUAAAUUAUUGA